AUGCCGACGAUCCUGCGCAAAGCCUGGUCGCCUAUGCGAGGCGGCCACUUCACAUCUGUACUGCCACACGCGAGCCGGAUUCGGAGCGUCAAGCCAAGCCCGUCCGAAAAGACUGAAGGCAUGCUCUCUCGGCGAAAUCUCCAAAGCGCGCUCGAGGCCUUGCAUCACGACGGUAUUGUCGUCUUGGAGAACAUCAUCGAUCCCGAGCUGCUUGAUCGCCUCAACGAACGCAUGACGAUCGACACACGUGCCCUCAUCGCCAAAGGGGACGAGGGCCCGUUCAACUACAACCUGGGCAAUCUGCAGCAAAGCCCGCCUUACGAGCUUGACUAUUUUGCGCCGAGCAUCUUUUUCAACCCUUUGGCCACCAGCCUCUCCGCGGCCUACUUGGGAGGCAAGCCGACGGUUUCGUUCAUCUCGAGCAAUGCUGCCGUCAAAGCCGACGAGGGCCAGCCAGUACACAGCGACGCCGACUUCGACCAUCCCAGCAUCCCCUUUGCCACGGUCGUCAACGUGGGUCUGGUCGACAUGCAGCCGAGCAACGGCUCCACGCAGCUGUGGCUCGGCACACACAGCGCGACGUCGAUCCAGGACCAGCAGGGGCUGCACGGCGAACGUGCUUCCGGCCGAAUCAGGCAGGAGCUCCUGGACGCCAGGUCGCAGUCGUCACCGCCCCUGCAGCCAACGGUGGCCAAGGGCUCGGUGGUGGUGCGCGACCUGCGCCUUUGGCAUGCAGGCAUGCCCAACAGAACCAAUGACAUCCGCAUCAUGCUCGCCAUGAUCCACUUUGCUCCCUGGUACCGACAGAGAAUGACGCUCGACAUGCCAAAGAGCUUCGAGCCCUUGAUCGCCCAACAGAGCAAGCUGGGCAUCUCGAUCCCCGCCAGAUUCCAAGCCGACACGAUCGACCAUCUCAACGCAGGCUACGGCAACUCGUUUGACUUUGACCAGGAUGCAUGA